AUGACACCACCCGCGACGCCCAAUGGCUCGCAGGAAGACCUGGGCGCGGACCAGAUGCCGCCGCCCGUCUUCCACAACUUCCUGCGAGCCUUCUACCCUUUCCACCCGAGCUAUGCCAUGACCGAUUCGAGCGUCACCCUGCCAUUGAACGAGGGCGAUGUCAUCUUGGUACAUUCUAUCCACACCAACGGCUGGGCUGAUGGAACCCUACUAGUAUCUGGUGCGAGGGGGUGGCUCCCGACCAACUACUGCGAGUCGUACGAUCCGGAAGAGAUGAGGAAUCUGCUGAAAGCCUUGCUCAACUUUUGGGAUUUGCUCCGCAGCACAUCAGUCAACGACAAGGAAAUCUUUGGCAACCAAGAGUUCAUGAAGGGCAUCAUCGCGGGAGUGCGCUAUCUUUUGGAACGCACACACUGCCUGACCAGAGAAUCUGCCAUCAUCACUCGCAAUGAUGGCUUGAGGCGGGCGAGGAAGACGCUACUUUCUGAGCUGUCGGGAUUAGUAAAGACAGCAAAGCGGUUACAGGAAGCGCAGAAGGGCUUUGGCCAACCCCGUGAAGAGGUAAAUGACAUUAUCGACGAGAUGAUCCUCAAGGCCUUCAAGAUUGUCACCAAGGGCAUGCGCUUCUUGGACAUCCUCGAGGAUGAUCGGCGCCAACGUGCCCCUGCAGUCACCGUCAUGGCAACAGUAAUCGAGGAAUCGUACAUCCCGCCGACGCCACCUGCAGAGAACACCCGGUUCGACGAGACUCGCAGUGUAGGAAUCCAAGGACCGACAAACGCAACACCCACCCGGAGUACACCAUCGCCCCCGGCUGACGGUACACAAGCAUCCAGGGCAUUGAGUAACAGGCGGCUUUCGACAGCGUACUCGCCCAGUAGCCCUAAUACGAACCGAUUGUCUCAGAACGUCAAACGGCUGUCGGCCAACAUAUCACAUCGCGUCUCACUGGCUGGUCCUUCUCCUCUGUCGAGGCCGCAGCAUCUUGUCUCAGAACGCCUCAACAAGAGCCACGACACCUUCCUGUCCCACCUGGGCUCCUUCAUUGGCCGUCUGCACUUGCAGUCUCAGUCGCGGCCGGAGUUGGCCUUUGCCAUCAAGCUCUCAGCGACGUCCGGUGGGGAACUACUGGCUGUCGUUGAUGUUGUGUGCGGGCAGACCACCAGUUCGGAGAUGCUGGAGCGGGCGAGGGACAUGAUGUUUGAGCGCAUCGGUGAGUUGGUCACGGCGGCUGGCCAGAUCAUCCGUCAUGCCGCAUUUCAGGACGCCGACGUUCUCAUGCCGCACGACAACAGCAUGCUGCUGACGGCCGCCACGGGCUGCGUCAAAGCUGCUGGCGAGUGCGUGGCCAAGACGAAAUGGGCGAUUGAGCGUGUUGGUGAUUUCGAGUGCGAGUUCGAGGUGGGCGAAUUGGGCAUUGACCUGGGCGUGCUCGACCUCGCCCCCGAGUCCCAAUACCGGCGUUCGUCGAUUGCCCCGUCUGUCACGGACACUGCGACGACAGAUGCGACCAGCGUCGCCGAGUCGGCGAGGAACUCUGACUCGGGCCAUUCUGUUGUGCAGCCAGCGCCCCACCAACAACAAAGGCCGAGCAUCGCCAACGACAAGCCGCUGCCUCAACUCCCGCCGGUCGACGGUGCCGAGUCGCACCAAGUUCAUCCGCGUCGACCCCCGUCUCAGACCUCGUCUGCUCCCAGCUCUCGGCCUUCGUCCUUCGUCAGCGACAAUGUUUCGAACAGGCCACCCUCUGGCUCAUCGACCCGGCCGGCCCUCCCACCUCUGCCCAAACUCGCCACGUCCCUGCCCCCGGGAGAUGAAUAUGGCCCCGUUGAAAACACAAUCCAGGAUACCGACUAUAAUGUUUCUUCUCGUGUUGACAGCAUGGCCGCGUCGAGCGCCGGCAGCAGCAGCACUUACCUCAGCCGGGACUCCGAGGCCAGCCUGGUGUCCCAGACCUCAACCCGUGCAACCACUCCGGACCACACCCUGGCCCCAAGACUCCAGCCGUCCAUUUCGGAGCUCAGCAACGCCGGAAGUACGGGCGCCAACGAAGAAGUAGACGAUGUCGAGUUUAAGAUGCUCGAAAAGACGUACGCCCACGAGCUCAUGUUCAACAAGGAGGGUCAGGUCACCGGCGGCUCUCUCGCUGCCCUCGUCGAGCGCCUGACGACUCACGAGUCCACUCCCGACGCGACCUUCGUCUCGACAUUCUAUCUUACCUUCCGCCUUUUCUGCAGCCCUCACAAGCUGGCCGAAACACUCAUCGAUCGCUUCCACUACGUGGCCGAGGCCCCUCACAUGGCAGGCCCAGUCAGGCUGCGUGUGUACAAUGCCUUCAAGGGCUGGCUCGAGUCCCACUGGCGUGACGAGACCGACCGUGAGGCACUCCCCCUUAUACAGCCCUUUGCCCAGUUUGAGCUUACUGCCGUCCUGCCUUCUGCUGGCCGGCGGCUUCUUGAGCUGGCCCAACGUGUGUCCAAGGACACUGCGCUUGUGCCCCGACUCGUGUCAUCCAUGGGCAAGACAAACACCUCGAUCGCACAGUACAUCCCGGCCGACACCCCACACCCGCCACUGGCCAUUACCAAGAGCCAGAUUCAACAUCUCUUCGCGUGGAAGAACGGCGGGAGCAACCCGACCAUCCUUGACUUUGAGCCCCUCGAGAUCGCACGCCAGCUCACCAUCAAGCAGAUGAACAUCUUCUGCUCCAUCAUGCCGGAGGAGCUUCUCUCCUCGCAGUGGAUGAAGAAGGGCGGGGUAGAUGCCCCCAAUGUCAAGGCCAUGUCGGCCCUCUCCACCGAUCUGUCCAACCUGGUCGCGGAAACCAUUCUUCACUACUCCGAGGUCAAGAAGCGAGCAGCUGUCAUCAAGCAAUGGAUCAAGAUUGCUCACCAGUGUCUGGAGCUCCACAACUACGACGGCCUCAUGGCCAUUAUCUGCAGCCUGAACAGCAGCACCAUCAGCCGACUACGCAAGACGUGGGAAAUUGUUUCUGCGAAGCGCCGUGAGAUGCUUCGGACGCUCCAGGCCAUUGUCGAGCCCGCCCAGAACAACAAGGUCCUACGGACUCGCCUGCACGACCACGUCCCUCCUUGCUUGCCGUUCCUCGGCAUGUUCCUCACGGACCUAACCUUUGUCGACAUUGGCAACCCAGCGACGAAGCAGAUCCCCACCCUUGGCGGCGACGGCUCUGAGGAGAACGGCGGCGGCAUGACCGUCGUCAACUUUGAUAAACACACCCGUACUGCCAAGAUCAUUGGCGAACUCCAACGGUUCCAGAUCCCGUACAGACUUACCGAGCUCCCCGAGAUGCAAGACUGGAUGACGGCGCAGAUUGUGCGCGUCCGCGAGGGCGACCCGGGUAAUGUGCAAGUCACGUACUACCGCAAGAGCCUGCUUCUGGAACCCCGCGAGAUGGUGGCGCGAACACCUGUCGAACCCCAGAGCAGUGCGACGGGCGCCCCGCGCGGCGAUAUCUUUGGUUGGAUGACGCGAGACCGCAAUGCCGCGACGCCAGCGGCACUGUGA